AUGUCGGUGCUAGAAAUCAUUGUGCACAAGGCCACAAACUCAAAGGUCACUGCACCAAAGAGAAAGCAUGUUAGAUCCAUUGUAUUAGAAUGUCACAAUGAGAACAGCGCUAGAUCAUUCUUACAUGAACUUUAUAAACGUCCUUUGGACACGAAUGAGGUCGUAUGCUACAAGGCUAUAAUUACAAUUCACAAGGUCGUGCAGGAGGGACCAAAGAACGUGCUGAGCGACGUAUCGCACAAGAUCUCGUGGUUUGAGAAUCUCAGACAGCACUGGCGACGACAUCACGACAAGGCAGGCUUUGCCAACCUUGUCGGAGAGUACUGCACCUUUAUGAUCGACAAGAUCCGCUUCCAUCAGGCACAUCCCGAGUUUGAUGGCGGUCUCACAAUGGACGGCUACCAAAAGAACCACAAGUUUGAGGACGUCGAGAUUGAUCGCGGUCUGCAGACCGUCAGCCAUCUCAUGGACAUGCUGGACGCCGUGUUCCGCAUGCAGAAUGCCGUUGUCGAUGCUGCUCCCUACAACGAUUGCAAGACAGCAUCAUUCAUUCCCCUUGUCAUGGAGUCAUACGCCAUCUACCUACUCGUUGUCCAAUUCCUUACAAGUCUCGUAGACAUAACUGACAACAUGGAAGUUAUUGACUUUGCCAUUCAAAGGUUCUACGUACAGUAUCAGACUUUGAGGAACUUCUACAUCAAUGCCAACGCUGUGAACAGUGUGUCUAGUGUUAUUGCCGUACCAAACUUGCCACCAGACCCUCCCAAGUUUGUCAGAAGACGCAGAGAGACACCAAAGCAGAGAGUCAUGCCACAGCCGUCGCCACCACCCGUCAAGGCUCCUCCACCCCCACAGCCAGAGAUCACACAGAUCCCCGUGCCCGUGCCCACGCCCGUGUUCAUCCGCCAGACUGUUCCAGUGGUCUACGGCAACCCAUUCAUGCAGCAACAGGACAACACAACAUGGGGACAGUACAACAACGCUGGCGCUGGUGCUCCCAUGUACAACCCAAUGCCCGCACCUAUGCCCAUGCCUCAGCCACCUCCUCCAAUCAUGCACGACCCCACGCCACUUCCACCUCCCCCAUCGUCACAAUGGGUAACAUUCGACGAGGAGGCCAACAGACAGCGCUCAAACAGCACACCCGUCCCCGUCGAGAAGACAGCAUCGCUGGACAAGAACACAUCGCCAGUGCCCUCGACCGCCACAUCAGGUGGUGCCGAGAAGACACGUGUCAUCACCAAGAUCAUCACCAAGACCGUCAGCAACACAGCCGAGCUGAACGCUCUGCGCGCACGCAUUGAGGAGCUCGAGCGUCUGCUGGCCGAGGAGCAGGACAAGAACAGACAGCUGCAGAUGAAGCUGUCGGAGCGCGAGGCAAUGAUCCAGGAAGUUACAAACGCCAGGAAGCGUGUUGCAGAGAUCUCUGAGAGCAACGACAAGUACACGGCCGAGGUGGUCAAGCAGAACGAUCAGCUGCGCGAGCAAUUCACCCAGCUGCGAGACUACUACGAGAAGCAGCGUGUCGAGCGCAUGGAGGCCGACUUCAACAAGGCCAGGAAGGACAUUGCCCUGUGCCUGUCGGCGCUGGACAACCCCAACAACCUGGGCAACCAGGAGGCCACCGAGCAGAUGCUCAUCACCGACCUGAUCCACCACAUGGGCCAGGCCACCAACCUGAUGAACAUGUGCUACAUGGAGGGCGAGAUCCCAGAGAUGAGCAUCUUUGGCGCCGUGGGUGGCGUGAGCGACUCACUCAAGAACCUCUUCUUUGACGCCAAGGGAGUAUCUAGACUUAUCAACAACCAGGGCGAUCAGAGCCGCUUCCUUGACGCAGCGCGCAAGAUUGGAGCACUCACACAGAACUUGUUUGACUCUGUCAGACAUCAGGGCGGCCAAUGCCAGGACGAGGAGGACCGCAAGAGAAUCGCCUCCAACAUCAAGGAGCUGCAGCAGGGCACAGCAUCAUUGGAGCACAUUGCCAGACAUGCUCUGUCGCAGGCCACCGAGGAGAGACCAUACGUCGACGAGAAUGGUUUCGACCUCGAUGACUUGGCUGAGCGUGAGCUGAUGGCCGCCGCCAAGACCAUUGAGGACGCCGCCAAGUCCCUUCUGGCUGCCAAGAGCAGACGUCCACCAAAGAAGGAGGGCGACAUGCCAGAUGUUGCAGAGGCCAUCAUUGAGGCCGCCAUGGCCAUUACAUCUGCCACGAGCACUCUGGUCGGCGCAGCAACAACUGCCCAGAAGGAGCGUGUCGAGAAGGGCAGAGCCGGUCACGACGGACCAUUGUACAGAAAGGACCCAACCUGGGCCGAGGGACUGAUCUCGGCCGCCAAGAGUGUAGCUGCAGCCACCAAACAACUGGUGGAGACCGCCAACAAGGCAGCAAAUGGACAAGAUAUUGCAGGAGGCACGGAGGAGGCACUCAUUGCCUCUUCCAAGCAGGUGACAGCGGCCACAUCACAGUUGGUCUCUGCAUGCAAGUCCAAGUCAGACAUCAACUCACCAUCGCAACACAAGCUCAGCAACUGUGCCAAGAGUGUGCAGAAUGCCACCAAUCUGUUGGUGGCCGCGGCCAAGGCCGUGUCCAUGAUGGUUGGCGACGAGGAGGUUGACUUUGGCAAGAUGACCGUCACCGGAUACAAGGUCAAGGAGAUGGAGCAACAAAUGGCCAUUCUCCGUCUGGAGAAGGAGUUGGAGUUUGCUCGCAAGGGUCUUAGCACUCUAAAGAAGCAACAGUAUAAUGUAACUGAACAACAAGUAUAA